ACAAGCUGUUACCGUCAAAACAAAUAAGGUUGCAAGACCAAUGGUGUUCAAUUGCUACCACGUGUCAUAAAGAUUAACAUAUGUUUUCAUCGAUAUUACAGAUUUAUUCCAGUGUUGCUUCUUUAAUAAAUUAAUGUCAAGGCAUGUUCAAUCUUAGCGGCUUCCAUUGAGAUCGAUACUGGCUUGUGACGUGCGGCAGAGCUUUCCCACCGUGGUUGCGCUGUUAUUACAGCCUUACUAGAAAUAGAUUUUCGUAGAAUCGCGAGCAGUCAAUAUUCGGAGUAUAUUGUGAAUGGUGUGAAACAUUAACUGGAGUAUCUAGGAACGAUGAGGAAGAUAAGAAUUAAUGAAUGUAUGUGAGAGGUUUAUAGCGAAAUGAAAGUAAUCGAUAUGUGAAUUAUUGUGUCGUGAGAGGUUUAUAGCAAAACGAAUAAAAUGAAUAUGGAAGAUAUUUUACAUUGCAAGAUGUUGUAAUAUUGAACAAACAGCCAACACGUUUCAAGCGAAUACAUUACAUCAUUAGUCUUCGGAACAGUGGAUUUUCAAUUAUAACCCCAAGGGAACUCGAAGAGGACAACAACUCGUUAAUCAGUUUGGCAAGACUCGAAGAUAUCUUCUAUGUAGUGAAUUAUAGAUGACCUGAGAUCUCUUAACGAAGGGAAGUGACACAUGCAGCUGUAGAAAGGAAUGAAGCAUAGCCCUUUCUCCCUAUGUGGUCAUUUAGAAAAAUACUUUCCGACCACGGCGAAACAUGUAAGAAAACGGACGUUGAUAAUGGGAAGAACUUUGAGACGAGAGACGUGUCAAUGUUGGAAAGCACAAUGAAUAAUUACCAUGUAUCAACAAAACCACAUGGAAUUAUACAUUAGAUAGACGUGUCAACCCAUUCAUAAUCGUUAAUUUUAAUAUAACACUUUAAGAACCAUCAUACUGUUAAUUACUUGCAGGAUAAAAUAUCAAUCAAAUGCGUUGUCAUGGAAAAAAGUCCUUUAGAAACAGAAAUUAAUUGUCAGUACACAAAGACGACAAGCGGCUUCAUCAGAUUCAUGUAUAUAAGAUUUUCCAAUUUCUUAAUUAAAGGAUCUCACAUAACAGCGUAGGAAGAUGAAGACACGGCUGUACUUUAAUUGGCAGUGUGUUUCGUGUGUUGGUGUGUGAAUACGAAAACACUCGAAAUAAUUAAUUUUGAUAUAGUAUUAGUAAGGCGGGUGAACCAAAUACAGUAAAGAAAAUGGCACGUAUAUUUUAACAAAAAGGACAAUUACAGGUGCAUUCUUCGUCAAUUUAUUAUCUAUAAAUUGAAUCAAACUAACGAUCCUGCCUAUCAUUAAACCGGUAGAGUGUGAUAAUACCUCAGAUGAACAGUCGAUGAAUAGUUGAGACGCUUUCAGAGAUUUCAAUCUGGUUUGAUAUACACCACUACAAGCAGACAAAUGGUAUUAAAUAUGGAAACUUCAACUUUGUUCGAAGACAGUUUCGUUGACACAUUCGAUGUGAUAUCAUCUACAGCCUCGUCAAUUCAAGUUGGUUGGAAACUAAAAGCGGUAAACAAACCACUAGUGCGGCAAUUUCAGGUGCAUUAUCAAAAGGUUGCAAGCCAAUAUAUUCAAUACGGACCAUUGCUCCACGCAAAUGAACGUGAGUAUGAAGUAGAAAAUUUAGUAGCAGACACAUACUAUAAAGUAUGCCUUGUUGUGUACAGAAACAAUACAUCGGAUUAUCGGGAAUGUACGGAUGCCUCAACAACAAACUGGCAACUGCCUGUUUCAGUAGGAAGCAGCAUAGGGGCUGUGUUGGCCCUUUCAGUUAUUGUACUCAUCGUAUUCUUGUCAAGGUGCAAAGUUCCUCUUCGAUACAGAGGUAAGAAAUCAAAAAGCUCAACCAGAUACGACACAAUUUCAUCGAUGUACCGUGAUGAUCAGUUUGAGUGUAGUGAAACUGUUACACACGGCAAUGACGAAGACUUUGUGUCCGAAUUUGACGACGAAGCAUUCUAUGAAGUUCCUCUUCAUGAUCCUACACGGUCAACGCGGACUGUGAAUCCUGACAAAUCAGCGAUACAAAACGGUCAAUGCCAUUGCCAUGUACAUCCUCACGGCCAGGCAAACAGUCAACACAGAAAUUCAUUGGGACGGAUAAAUUGCUCACAGCCCCAUCAUCAUACGCGACAGUUCCGCGCAUAUUCUAUACAAGCAGAUGGCAGUGUUUGCUUUUUUAAUCAACCAUGUUCACCUUUAGCAAAAGAUCCGAAAAUACCACCGUUUAUGAGACAGGACUCAAAAGACGAAAAUAUCUCACCCACAGGAUAUAAGCAUACGACAAAUACACCUUUCACACGUUCAUUGUCGUUAAAAGACUAUCCAUCAACAAGGUCAGACAUUUCACUGCCUGAACGAAAGAUUGGCUCACCAUCCGCUCAGGCUUUUACAUUCAUCGAUGAGAUUCCAGAAGUUUCAUCAUCGAAAACGUCUUCAAAGUCCAUCAUGUCUGCUGAGGUAUCAGCAACUACACCUAGCAGAGCUGUAAAGCGUUUGCUAAUAACUGAUAUUGACUUUGAUGAUGCAGAUAUGAGUAAGUACGGUGCCUCGGGUGGUGGUACGACAUCAAAUGCUACUGACAAGACGAUAGAAAUGACGUCAACGAAACGAAUGAUAGACAUCCCCGAAAGUGUUUUGUUCGAUGAGCACACAGUUUAAUAUUGAUGCAAUCAAAGAGUAUAAAAUAGAGAUUAUGGGGCUAUGACGUACGCAUUGCACGUGAUGAACACCAGUUAUAUAAAUGCAAAGAAUUGUAUUGUGAAACCAGAUCAUUUUUUAUAAAAUGGUAAUUAUUUUAAUUAAUAUUCCGUUUUAUUAAGUUAUAUUUACAAUCGUUAAAUAAAUACCAGUAAAGAUUUUUGUCAUUGAUAUAUUCAGAAAAUACUUCGAACGGUAAAUACACAAAUCUCCAUUGUAAAAACGAUUAAAGAAGAAGAUUUCUCAUGAAGUUAAUUCUGUAAACAACCUUAACAUUUAAAACAUUUUCACCAAAUGAUAUUGUCUUCGACAGGUUAUGUAAAUUGUCCACCUCAAGGAAUGCUCGGGAGUAUGUGAAAAUUCCGAUAAAUAAGGAAGGUCUUAAUGAAAGACAGGUACGGUUAAGUGCACAGUCUAGUAUGAGGUUAUAUACCAAACAAACAUAUAUUGUAGGUACGGUUAAGUGCACAGUCUAGUAUGAGGUUAUAUACCAAACAAACAUAUAUUGUAGGUACGGUUAAGUGCAAAACCUAACAUAUGUUCAUAUACCAAACAAGCAUCUAUUGCAUAGAAUUUAAAUGCCAGGAAUGUGUAUUCUCAUUCAGUUUGCGCAGAGAAAUUAGCAUAGAAAUAAGUUCGAUAACAAACCAUACCCUAUAUAUUUCUUGGUCCGAAAAAGAAUGGUCUUAAAUUUUAAUGCUUGCAGGUAUAAACCAAUACACUUCCAUCAAAACAUCAUCGAAUUGCGUCGAUUAUCGUUUGGCCUAAUUACAAUAUUUCAGUGUUGGAAAAUAUUUGUAUACCUCGUUUGCAGGCUAUGAAACAAAUUGUUAAACUGACUUUUUUCAGAUCAUUUCUUAUUUAUAAUGAAUGUUUUGUUGAAUAAAUGCAUUCUUUUAAUUUUA